UCAGAAUUCCUGCAGCUGCUCGGCCGCCUCCCGUUCUUCGGCCUGGGGCGCCUGGUCACGCGCAAGUCCUGGCUGUGGCAGCACGACGAGCCGUGCUACUGGCGCCUCACGCGUGUCCGGCCGGACUACACGGCGCAGAACCUGGACUAUGGCAAGGCCUGGGGCAUCCUGACCUUCAAAGGAAAGACGGAGAGUGAGGCCCGGGAGAUCGAACACACCAUGUACCACGACUGGCGGCUGGUGCCCAAGCACGAGGAGGCGGCCUUCACCGCUUUCACGCCGGUGCCGGAGGACACCCUGCGCUCCGUGCCCUACCCGCCGCUGCUCCGGGCCAUGAUUCUGGCUGAGCGACAGAAGAAUGGGGACCCCAGCACCGAGGAGCCCGUGCUGAAUCUGGAGAGAGUUCCCAUUGAGCCCUGGGACUACCCCGAGAAACAAGAGGCAAAGAAAAGGGCCAAGGGCACUCCUGUCUGAAAUGCCAGAACCGGCAGUUUGUCCAGGGUGCAAGGCAGUGGGCACCAUCCUGGUGAAUCAGAAUGUCCGUGUUGCUCCUGAGUCAGCCCCCGGGGACCUCCGUGGCUUUUCUGAGACCGAACUGAACAGAGGGGCGCCAGACCCCGCGCCGGUGUGUCUCCCUGUUCUCCAAACCCAGAUCUGGCCGAGGGAGUGUUGGGAGAAGACCAGCACCGUGGCGUGUGGUCCGGUGGAGGGUGGUGGUUUCUUCCGGUCUGGAGUGUGCACGGGGCCCUGCAGGAGGCAGCUGCUGGGGGAGAGCUGGCAGCAGCUGGCUGCAGGCGUGGAGCCCCGGCGCGGGCACCUGCCACUUCCAGGUGGCAUCCCUUUCCCAUAUGCGUUGUUUCAGCCAGGACCGAAGCUUGAGAGCGAAUAAAGGCAAAUGCAGCAG